CGUCUACUUCUACGACCAUCCCGACUCGAAGCUCUUGAGCAAAGACAAUACCCUUUGCUUUUCAAUCAGACAUCCUCUCACUACCGAAACUACCUACCGUCAUCAUGGCGCAGACGCAGCCCCCCACCUUCAUCAACCUCCCGCCUCCCACCUCCAGGCCAGAGACCCCCUCUGAGAUGCCAGGCACUCCUACGAGCACCACUACCUCGCUUUCCGCCCUAUCUACCACUGCGAUCAAAGAUGGUCAUCGCGGCCACUUCCCACAGGGUCCUCUCAGUCGCGGACACCAACAUAACCCUUCCACCCAAAGCCUCGAGGCUGAACGUGCCGACCGAAUUUCCCGACUCGCUGGUCUCGAGCGAGUUUCAACCCUCCGGGCACCUCCUCAAGCGAACGCCCAAGGAGCAUCAUCUCCCUCGCCUCAGACCACGCCAACCUCUACAACUGGGUUUCCGCCCAACUACCCUGCUACACAGCACCUGACACCUGCAUAUUUCGAUAGCAAUGGCCAGCCUGUCGCCGUGACCAAGAUGAGUACUGUCGGAACGGCCAGCGCAACUGAGAGCCAUGUUGGCGAUGGCGAUGAUACGCGCACAACUGCUGGCGAACACGAUGAAGACAUGUUUAGCACCGAUACCAACUACCGUGAAGCCGAGUCAGUCGCAAGCAUGGGUGGCUAUCCCGACGCUAUGGAUGAGGACCUCGAUGGUGCCAAUGCUCGUUCUGUGGCUGGUUAUGACGAUCGCAUGAGCGAUGACGGCUCUGCCUCUCUCGUUGGGUUUGGUGAGGGUGCGGGCAGUACCGUAUCUGGGCCCAUUUAUCAUCGUCGAACGGCUCCCCAAGCUUGGGGUCUUGAAAGAACCAAUUCGGGUCUGAGCGACGCCCGGCGGGAGCGUGACACUCAUAUGGGCGGUGACACGCCUGUGAGUGUGUCUGCCCUCCAGGAGCGCCGGGACGCUCGCAUGAUGGACGGUGUCGCGACUGAUCCGAAUCCAGGCCAAGCACCAGAGAACGACUCUUUUGUUGACACAACCUUCCGAGGCCCUGUCUCUGCGUCGCAACCUCAAUCACAAACUGCUGCUGCUCAGGAGGCGGCAGAGCGUAUUGUCCAGAGGUUGGACAGAGGUGAGACAAGGGCGCCUGCUUCGGGUCUUGUAGGACCUGGGCGGGGUGACGAGCCUUUGGGCAAGUUCUACUUUGAAGGCGAGAAGCGUGAUGAUUAGAGAGGCUAUUAUAUCAAAAGAGAUAUCCCAGCUGAGCCUUCAUCUGCAAGGGUGGGGAUGACUCCAGAGCUGGAUUGAAGGACGCUGCUAGGCACGGCGAACUUGAGAGAUAUGGUCAUAUUUCUCAUGCUGUGCUCGCCCUCAGAAGGAGUUUCUAUGUUGUUUAGAUUAUAUGCGCACGCAUUGCUGUUCCG